AUGGUUACUGAGCACCUCCUCCUCGCCUCGCCCCUCUCCCAGACGACUUCGAUCCGCUUUGGUCAGCUCAGCGGCACUCUCGGCACAGCUACUACUGGAGCACGACAGACUGGCUGCCACUGCUCGUCAGGAGCGACGACGUCCCUCGAUGCCUUCCCCAUGGCCAAGCUACUUCGCUUCUUCAGCGUCGGCCCUGCCGCCCUGAGCGGCGGCAAGCACCUCGACACGAGCCGCGCUUAG